AUGACUCGCAACCAGAGAAAUAAAGCUCUCAAGGAUUUCAAUCUUGUAGACGAAAUGCCAUUCUGUGCUGAAGAAAAUGAUAUGGAAAAAAUUACAUCUUAUCUUGAUAAUGUUGCAAUUAAAAGAGUUGAUAAGAAUUUACUCGACAACAAAAAGAGAAGAAUCCAAUCAAAACGCAGAAUUGAAAGACUUGAAAUCGAUGAUGUCGUUGUUAAGGCUUUAAUGAGGCUAACAAACGCAGUUACAGAUUGUUUUACUUAUGAACGCCAAGCCAAUACAGCUAAACAGCAAGCAACUCAAAGAAAAGUUGUUAAAACAGUACGUGAACAGAAAGCAAAUCAACUUGCUCGUCAAAGACUUCAUGAAGAAAUGCAACGUAGAACAAUGUUACGACAAAACAUGAUCAAUCGCUCAGUACAAGAGCGUAUUAAGGAAGAAGCUGUUAGUGCUAUUAAAGCUAAAGAAGAAGAUGCUCUCGCACAGCGUCAGAAAGCAAACAAGAAAGUUUUACUUAUUGCAGAAGAUAACUUCGAGCGUGAUAUGCGUGAUGAAGCAGAUCAAAUUGAAGAGAUCCAAAGGAAGAGACGUAUUCAAAAGCAUGCACAAGUUGAUUUCCAAAGAAAAUCUCAACGCGAUCAGCUUGUUGCAGCUCUCUAUAAACUUCGCUCCGGUAUGGAUCAGCUCGAUUCACAGGCUGAUAAAAUGGUUCAUCAUCCUGCUGUUAUUCAAUAA